GAGCAGGGUGUGACAGGUGACAGGUGAGGUCAGAGGUCAGAGGUCAGUCCUAGGGUCUGCAGUUGAGUAGUUUUUGCUUAGGAAGGUUCCUAAAUGAAUGAAAUGACCCAGAAGUAUCUCAGUGUCUCUAAAUUUUGAGGACAGGAGCUUCAGUCAUGGGUGCAUUAUUAGAGCUGGAUACCAGAUCCAAAAUGGCGGCCAUUCAGUCCUGUCAGAGCUGCUCGCCUGGCACAUACACCGAAAAGGUUCCUGGCUUCCGGGUUUACUUCCGCGUUAUUCGGUCCACUGAAUAUGCGCAGUGGGGCUGCUCCCGUCAUGCCUCUGGGCCGCGAGGACGAGCGAAUCGCGUUCUGGAUCUGGCGCGGCUCGUUUGUGAGCGUUAACCUAGUGACUUCAUGGAUAUAUAAUAAGACUUCUACAGGACUGACCCGGCUUUAAACCAUGGAUGUAUUUACACAAACGACAACAGCAAACAACAGUGAACAUGAUGUUUCACAAAGUAAGGAAGGAAAGGAAACGUAAUUAGGAAAGGAGAUCUUUUUUGACUAUUCGACCGCAGCCUUUGUUUUCUGAAUCAGGAGUCUCAGGUGUUUGUCUCCACGUGCUUUUAUUGUGACAGUCUCGGAGCGGAUGUGUGUUUUCCGCGGACCUGGUCCUCCCGGUGGAGGGCCGGGCGGUGUUCAGUGAGAGUGAAGCCGCCGAUCUGUCGACAUGUCCGGGUACAGCCGAGAGAUCCUGCUGGCCACCAGCCUCCUGUGCGGCGGCAGAGGAGCCAUGCAGCUGCUGCAGCUGCACCGGAAGCUGCUGCAGCGCUGCCACAUCACCGAAGAAGAAUUCUGCUUCAUCCUGAAGCGGUGCCCCCGCUUCCUGCUGGUCCGCGGCCCGGCGGGUGACGGCGGGGAGCGGCCGGGGGACUGCACGGUGGUGGCGAAGACGUCCCUGCGGCUGUGCAGGAGCUACGGCCGCGAAGAGCGCUGCAGGGGGGAGGGAGAGGGGGGGUGUCAGCAGCUGCACCUCUGCAAGUUCUUCAUCUACGGAAACUGCAGGUUCGGCAAAGGCAGGAAACCGUGUAAAUUCUCCCACGACAUCCGAUCAGAUCAUAACUAUCGAUUACUGAGAGAGUGCACGCUGCACGAGCUGAACGAGGACGACCUGUUCCUGCUGCUGCUGCAGAACGACCCCACACUGCUGCCUGAGGUGUGCACACACUAUAACAGAGGCCCCGGUCCUCACGGCGGCUGCUCCUUCCAGGACACCUGCACCAAGCUUCACCUGUGUCAGCACUUCAUUCAGGACGACUGCGUCUUUGGACUCAGGUGUAACCGCCAACACGCCAUCGGCGACCACGGCCGCCGACUGCUUGAGGAGAGAGGACUGAGUGGAGACAUCAUCCACGACCUGCCCUUCAUCUACAGGAACAUGCACCACCUCACCGCCGCUGCCGAACCCACAGAGAAUCUUUCUGACCCUUUGUGGAAACCUUCAGCUCAGACGGACGAGGACGACAACAUCUGUCUACACUUCAUUAGAAACAUCUGCAGGUUCCACAACGAGUGUCGCCGAGUUCACUUCCACCUUCCCUACAAGUGGGAGGAGUUUGACGGCUUUACCUGGACCGACCUGCACAACAUGGAGGACAUCGAGCGAGAAUUCUGCGACCCAUCAAAGACUCAGAGCUCCGGCGAUCCGUCCGUCAACUUCCUGACGAUGACUAGGAGGUCACAGCGAGUUCGCCGCCUCUCCACAGUGUCCUCCGUCAUGAAGCCGCCUCACUACGCCCUGACCACCAAGUGGCAGUGGUACUACAGAGGAGACCAGGGGCGGUGGGUGGAGUAUGGACAGCCGGAUGAGAAGAGUCGCACCACAUCACAGACGUCCAGGACUCUGGAGGAGGCCUUCCUGUCUGACCCAACAGCCCAGGUCACGGUGGUCAAAGGUCAGAGGGAGUAUGUCAUCAGCUUCACAGACAUGUACCAGAGGAACCUCAAACACAACACCAAGAGGAAGGUUCGCCGCCGUCCUCACUUCAUCUCCGUGGCCGAGGUGGAGGCUCAGGCUCAGUAGAAAAACCAUGAACUGAAGUUGGCCUGUCUGAACCGGACCGGACCUGAACGAGACCUGAACUCUGACUUAAACUCCGACUGUUACACGUCGUCAAACGCUGACGAUCACAUGACCCAAAGACUGUGACGUCACCUUCUGAGGAUUUUAAACGUUUAAACUUUCAUGAUUUUAUGAUUUUAGUUAAACAUCAGAUUCAGCUGCAGAUCAGAUCCAGAUCUUUAUUUAGGGACAAAUGUGGGUGGAGUUUUGAAUGAGGUUCUUCAGUAACAGAAGGUUCUGGUUCUGAAACAAAAAGACAUCAGUUACUGAGAACGUUUCAACAUGUUCAGAUGAGUUUAAACCAAAGAUUAAGGAAACAUCUUUAUUUUUAAAAACAGAAAAACACUGAGCUGUUUGUUUAUCAAUGUUUAUCAGACUUGGUUAAAUGUUUGGUUUUUACUCAGACUUUCAUUCAUUCAUUCAUUCAUUCAUUCGUUGAUUCGUUCAUUCAGGUGCAGGUUUAUCGUCCAUGUGAACAUAUUAAAGUUUGUAGAAAAUAAACUGUUCAUCAACUUA